CAGUGCUGACCGCAUUCAUCGUUCCCAUUCUAGCAACAGUGCAUCAGAUCCAGUCAUGAGUCCCAUAGUAAUAGUCCUCAGUGCGUUCGUGGCCUGCACUUAUGCUGGCCACGUUGGAGCCGGUUACGGAGCCGGGGCCGGAGGCCACGGUGGAGGAUACGUCCGGAGCUACAGCGGAGGCUACGGCCACGGGGCACCCGUGGGCCACGGCUACGUCGGUCCUGCUUAUGUCCACGGGGGAUCAGUGAACGUCGGCCACCCUGUAAAAAGACCCGUAGCCACAUUGGGUGUCGUCAAGCAACCCAUAGUGAAGCAACACUACGUCACCAAGGCGAUCGUGAACUUCGUCAGGCUUCCCGUCACCACUGUCGAUCACCACGUUAGGCCCAUCGUCUUAUACCACGAUGCUCCGGUAGGUGGCGCCGGCGCUGGACUUGCAGCCGGAGCAGGUCUUGGAAACGUUGCUGCCGUCAGGUCCGGCGUUGGAGCCGGGUUCGGAGGCUACGGCGCAGGUGCGGGACUUGCAGGUGGAGCAGGUCUUGGACACGUUGCUGCCGUUAAGUCCGGCGUUGGAGCCGAGUUCGGAGGCUACGGUGCAGGUGGAGCAGGUUAUGGACACGUUGCUGCCGUUAAGUCCGGCGUUGGAGCCGGGUUCGGAGGCUACGGCGCAGGUGGAGCAGGUUAUGGACACGUUACUGCCAUUAGGCACGGCGUCGGAGCCGGAUACGGAGUCCACGGUGCAGGCGCUGCCUACGGGGCGGCUUACGGCCACGGCAGAGGCCACGUCCUGUCUUCAGGCUACAGCAAGUACUAGUGUAAAUGUCGCAGGAAGACGUUGUUGUAUACCUCUUUUCAUCGGGACUAUGUAAUAACUCAUCAUCACCCCUGUACAUUUUGUACAUUUCGUGCGCAUUUUUGGGCUUCCGUGUGUCAUCUACGUCAACGUUGUCGUUAGGAGUGUAAUAAAAUAUGGUUAAUG